AUAAUGUACUUGGAAACUUUUCCUAGUCCCUUUUUACCACCUUUCUAAAUAUUAGAUCGCUCGGAGGCUUUAGGCUCCAUUUUGACGCUGGAACGCGUUUUGACAUCUGUCUUAAUCACGUGAGAGUAAUUAAACGCGGCCAAGCGCACGAAUGAAAGUCGUGCACCGUCUCUUUCACUUGCCCUCCCAUCCCUCGGCCCUCUCGCCUCAUUUCACUACCAGAUUAACCAGGCUUUAACACCACACUCUACCAAUGGCUCCCAAACCUGCUUCUACUGCUGGCAAGGCCCCUGCUUCCACUGCCUCCAAGGCCCCCGCUCAGGACAAGGCUGCUAAGAAGACCGCAUCUAAGUCGCAAGCUGCUGACGGCGACAAGAAGAAGCAGCGCCGGAAGACUCGCAAGGAGACGUACAGCUCUUACAUCUACAAGGUGUUGAAGCAGGUCCACCCUGACACGGGUAUCUCCAACAAAGCCAUGGCCAUCCUCAACUCCUUUGUCAACGAUAUCUUCGAGCGUAUAGCUUCCGAGGCAUCGAAACUCGCUGCUUACUCGAAGAAGUCGACCAUCUCGUCGCGUGAGAUCCAAACAUCCGUGCGACUGAUUCUUCCUGGUGAACUCGCCAAGCACGCUAUCUCGGAGGGCACCAAAUCUGUUACUAAGUUUUCUGCCGGGUCCAAAUAGAUAAUUCUACUUGUAUUGUAUCUCUUUACUGUAUUGUUCUGGUUACCCCUCGUAUUCAGCCUAUUCCCUC